ACACGCUGUGUUUACUGGAUAGACUCUCUCUCUCUUUCUUUAUCAUUUUUUUCAAGAUGUCGAAAUAUUAUUUCGGAUUGUUUCUAAUUAUUAUUUCUACAUGUGCUCAAAUGUACACUGCGAAAAAGUGCGAAGGAAAUGGUGUAGAAUUGAAAUAUGUUUGGGGGGAUGCAUUAACGGACUCGCCCGAUUGCAUAGGACCUAAUAAUAUGCCAUAUCCUACAGCCGCGAUAUCGAGAAGCUUUAAAAAUCUUUGGGCGAGUGGUAGAACUGCUAGAUCUCAUCAGGCUCGAACUAUCGAUCCCGAAAUAACGAGGCAAGCUCUUCUUCAUAAUUACAAACUCCUACAAGGAGAUUACUCGAUAGCAGCUCAUACACGAAACGGACGAUCCUUUUCCGCCAAGGAAAACUGUGGCUCGCCGAGCAGAUUAUGUAAAACAAGAUAUAACACUACAGCACCCAUGUAUGGCGUCAGUUUAACGAGUGGUCAACCAGUAACAAUCGUGCAAAAGUUUCCUGAUCUUCUUCAGCAAGUCGUAUUCGAAGUAUGCGAAUCGAAAGAAUGCGAUGUAGUCCAUGGCGAAUGCACGCAAACGUAUGUGCCUUACCUGUUUUUGGUGAUUCCUUUGGGGCCGGUGACCUUAACCGGUCAGGAUUACGUGCUUGUUGAGAGCGGUUGCGUCUGCAAGCCAAGGAAUUCGGCGAGUACAGCAUCCGAAACGCCAACUGUGCCAAACUUUUAAGAAGUAUUUCUAAUACGAAUAUAUGAAACGUCUACGGUGAUGUCCAAUAAUUUCUUCGACGUAGUAUCUUAAAAAUUAAAGAGAAAGAUACGAAGAAGGAUGAGGCACGAGAAGACGUAAUAUGCGAAUAUUGUGACAACGUAAAUGAAAAUUCAAAGGAACAACUCGUCGAUCGAAAUAAUGAACUAUCUUUUUAGCGAUCGUCGAAAUUACAGGGAAAUGUGUUUAAUGAAAAACAAGAUAGAUAUAUAUAGAUAUACGC